AGGGAGGUAGGUACAUCAAUCAAUUAAUCUAGGUCCUACAUAUCAAUGCAUAUACCUGCCCAGAUGCCUACAGUAUCAUCCAAUGGUACCUACGGUAGCUUUGUGCGGCGCAGUUCAGGUAACAAGUGCUAACCAACCCCUCAACGCCACAUCGCGACGAAUCUAGUCGUCGGCUCCGGUUGAUCGGCAAUUCCACAAAAGCCUUCGACAUUCAUAUCUCUUCGCCCUCUUCAUACCUAGUCCUUUUGCUCCACCUAGCAGACUGGAAGAUACCAGAUCUAUCUAAUCCUUACCUACCCUUACCUACUAUUCUCUGCGACCGAACUAGCCCGAGAUGGCCAAGUUGGACUUCGACCUCAAUCGGGACGUGCCUGUGCUCACGGGCAAGGUCAUCUUAAUCACAGGUGGCACAAAUGGACUUGGUGCCGCCGCAGCUACGAUGCUGGCGAGCCGAAAUCCUGCCAAGAUCUACAUCACAGGGCGAAAUGAGUCCUCGGCGCAGCGCGUCAUCGACAACAUAAAGUCUAGCGGUUCAAGCACCGAGAUAGUCUGGAUACGAUGCGAUCACACCGAUCUAGCGACCGUCAAAGAAGCUGCGGAGACCAUCUUGGCUAAAGAAUCCCGCCUCGACGUGCUCAUGACGAACGCUGGCAUCAUGGCGCUCCCACCCGGCCUUACCAAGGACGGAUACGAGCUGCAUUUCGGGAUCAACCACGUCGCGCAUGCCCUUAUUAUCCAAAAGUUGCUCGGCCUGCUGCAGAAGACGGUAAAGGAGCACGGCGAGGCCCGUAUCAUCCCCAUAUCCAGCCUGGCUCUCGUUCUAGCGCCGCGAGGACACGGGAUCGUUUUUGACGAUCUCAAGACCACCCAGGCAUACUGGCUCCUCGGCAGGUGGCAACGAUACGCCCAGAGCAAGCUAGCUAAUCUGCUAUACGGCCGGGAACUGGCUCGUAGGUACCCCGAGAUUCUUACGUUGAUAGUCGAUCCGGGUCCGAGCAACACAGGACUGGUUUCGAGCCUGUCACUCCUGGAUAAGAUGAUCGUGUACCUUGGAAACAUAAACAAAUUCCUCGAAGACGACCAAGGCCACUGGAACCAAGUAUGGGCUGUCGGGGUGCCUAAGGAUAAGGCGAAGCAGGGGGAGUUUUACGAGCCGGUCGGUAUACCAACCCAGAGUUACACGCAUUGGUGUCUGGAUCAGAAACUGGCGGAGAAGCUGUGGGACUGGACGGAAGAGCAGCUCAAGCCAUGGUUGACGUAGCGAGGGGGACGGUGAAAACGUAUUGUAGGUGCUGAGUACCUAGAUAGUAGGUAGCUAGGUAUGUAAGUUGGUACCUAGUAGGGAGGUACUCGGUUCCCCGGUAGGUAGGUAGGUAGGUAGUUACCUACUACCUAGGUUCCCAGCAUAUUGGUUGAUUUCAGGAUGUAUGAAUUGGAUUUUGGCUUCGCGACAGCAUUCGAACUUGGCGAAGCGAGCUCUGCUCACAUAGUUGGCACCGAACACUUUUGGGA